UAGUUUUGUUUUGCUCCAAUAUCUCAAAAAGUUUGGUGAACAGAACAAUCAUUAUUUGCAGUGGUUCACCAUCUCUCUAUCCUAUGAAUAUGCAUUUUCAUAAACAUACUCAGAGAAAAGAGAAAACCUAAGAAUUCAAACCAUGACUUCCAACACAAGCAACCUCUUCUUCCAUCUUCUUCUUCUUCUUCUCCCUACUCUUAUCCAAGCUCUUAACACAGAUGGUGUUGCUUUACUCUCUUUCAAAUACUCUAUCCUCAAUGACCCUCUCUCUGUUCUACGCAACUGGAACUAUGACGAUGAAACACCGUGCUCUUGGACCGGUGUUACCUGUACAGAGCUUGGGAGUCCCAACACCCCAGACAUGUUAAGAGUAACAAGCUUGGUUCUUCCCAACAAACAGCUUCUCGGUUCUGUUUCUCCCGACUUGUUUUCGAUCCUACAUCUAAGGAUCUUGGAUCUCUCCAACAAUUUCUUCCAUGGGUCACUGCCGGAUACUGUGACCAAUGCCAGUGAGCUUCGUGUUCUGUCCCUUGGGAAUAACAAGGUUUCUGGUGAACUACCUGGUAGUAUCAGCAACGUGGCUAGUCUCCAGCUCUUGAAUCUCUCUGCCAACGCCUUUACCGGCAAAAUCCCUCCCAAUCUCCCCCUUCUCAAGAAUCUGACAGUCAUUUCCUUGGCGAAGAAUUCAUUUUCAGGCGAUAUUCCAAGCGGGUUUGAAGCGGUUCAGGUUCUGGAUGUUUCCUCAAAUCUUCUAGACGGAUCUCUACCUCCUGAUUUCGGGGGAACAGGUCUGCAUUACCUCAACCUAUCACACAAUCAAAUCUUCGGCAUGAUAUCUCCAUCUUUCACCGAGAAAUUUCCAGCAAAUGCCAUCCUCGAUCUCUCCUUCAACAAUCUAACAGGACCAAUCCCUAGUACACCACCAUUUCUUAACCAAAAGACUGAGUCUUUUUCUGGUAAUAUAGGCUUGUGUGGUCAGCCAUUAAACACCCUUUGUUCAAUCCCUUCUACUCUAUCAGACCCACCAAAUAUCUCUGAAAUUACUUCACCAGCAAUAGCAGUCAUGCCCAAAACUCCAUCACCAACAACUCCAUCACUAGAAUCACCAAACCAAACAGCCAAAAGCAAACUAAAACCAAGCAAAAUCAUCGGCAUUACACUCGCAGAUAUAGCUGCUUUAGCUAUCAUAGCCAUGUUUAUCCUCUACAUAUACCAGCUCAAGAAACGUAGAAGCUACCAAGAAUACAGCACUUUCAACGUCUUACAAAAAUGUCUCGAGAAAAACGAUACACUCUCCAUGAAAAACUCGAAACACAACGUUGCCGCCGCCUCGGAGUUCACCAAAUCUCCACCUGCAAAAAUAGGAUGUGGUUCAUGGAUAACUAGAGCGUACGACGAAACAACGUCGGCGUCAUCCGAGAGUGACAUAGAGAACCAAAUUCAAGACCAAAAACCCAUUGAGGCAUUUAAUCGAACAAGUGGUGGGCGAGUUAAACACAACACUGAAACUCAACUAGUGACAGUCGAUGGAGAAACUCAGCUAAAACUAGAUACUCUACUAAAGGCAUCAGCUUACGUACUUGGAACCAACAGAAGCGACGGAAUCGUGUAUAAAGCGGUGUUAGAGAACGGAGCAGCUUUUGCGGUGCGGCGGAUUGGAGCGGAGAGUUGUCCGGCGGCGAAAUUUAAGGAGUUCGAAAAGAAAGUUCAGGCAAAAUCAGGUUCGUCUUCUCAUAAUCCUCUCUCAUUUGAGGCACGGCUUAAGAUAGCAAGAGGAAUAGCUAGAGGAAUUGCUUAUAUCCACGACAAGAAGCAUGUUCACGGCAACAUCAAGGCCAAUAACAUUCUCUUGGACUCCGAGUUUGAGCCCAUAAUUACAGAUAUGGGCCUUGAUCGUAUUAUGACUCCGGCCCAUUCACUCACGGCUGGACCAGUGUUGAGCUCACAGCACCAUCCACCAGAGUGGUCAACAAGCCAUAAGCCAAACAACAAAUGGGAUGUUUAUUCCUUUGGUGUUAUACUCUUGGAGCUUCUCACAGGCAGAGUUUUUUUGGUUGAUGGAGAUUUGGUUCACGAUCCUGAGACCGAUGAGAAAAGUUGGUUCUUGAGGUUGGUCGAUGGGACUAUUAGGGUCGAUGUGGCUCACCGCGAGGAUGAGGCUGUUGCAUGCUUGAAGUUAGGCUAUGGUUGUGUCUCUUCCUUGCCUCAAAAGCGACCGUCCAUGAAGGAAGUGGUCCAAGUUCUAGAGAAAAUGUUUGUUUAGUUGUUUACUUUAUUCAAUUUAGAAAGAUAUCAAUGUAAAUGGAUUACUUUGUGUUAUUUGAAUUGUUUCACUUUUUUUUGUUUUCUCGAUAAAGUAUCAUAUUGUCA